CCACGCUUCUCCGUCAUCCCUCCACCUCCCCACCGACGGAGCACUAGUAGCAUCUGCAGUGUACAAGCAGCCAUGUCUCCCAUAUCUCUCUCUUCUUCUCUCGUAUGCUCUGCUGCCCUCUCCAUUUCCAAUCCUAUCCACUCUUCUCCUGUGGCUCUGGGCGGCGCCGUCACCAUCCUAUCCAAGUGCAGAGUGUUCCCUGACUGCAAGUCCACCAUCGGCGACCUACCGCUCUCCGUUUCCGACCUUCCCAUGCUGUCGUGCCACUACAUCCAGAAGGGCCUUUUCUUCCCCAGACCGCCAGUUCCUGUAGCUUCUCUUCUUCCGCUCCUCACUUCGUGUCUUGCCCGCGUGCUCUCCCUCUUUCCCGCCCUCGCGGGCCGCCUCUCCACCCGCCCCGACGGCCGCAUCUUCAUCUCCUGCGACGACUCCGGUGCCGAAUUCUACCAUGCCGCCGCCCCCUCCCUUACACUCCCUCUUCUCCUACCCGACUCCGCCGACGUCCCCGCCGCUGUCAAGUUGCUCUUCCCCCUUGACGGCGCCCUCAGCUACCACGGUCACUUCCUGCCGAUCUCCAACUUCCAGCUCACUGAGCUCGCUGAUGGUGCUCUUUUCCUCGGAGCGGUCGUCAACCACGCCGUCGUCGAUGGCACUUCCUUGUGGAACUUCUUCAACGCCUGGGCUGAGAUAUGUCGUGGCGGCAUCCCCGCGUCGCCGGACCUCCGCCGUAACUACUUCGGUGACUCAAAGGCUGUGCUACGAUUCCCAAGCGGAGCCGGGCCCGAGGUGACGUUUCAGAUGGACGCGCCGCUUCGAGAGAGGAUCUUUCGCUUCAGCCGCGAGGCAAUUUUCGACCUAAAAUCGAGGGCCAAUCGCCAGAGUCCCAAGCUCGUUGACGAUGGCAACGCCCUGGCUGGAAUACAUGAGGAACAGAUCCCGGACGGAGAGUCAGAGGCGUUGGCGGCGGUGGUGAAGGAGGACGAGAUCUCGUCAUUCCAAUCCCUCUGUGCUCUGGUCUGGCGGUCCGUGACAGGAGCUCGAAAGCGGCUGGCCAUGGAAGCGACAACGACCUUUCGGAUGGCAGUGAACUGCCGGCAUCGGGUGGUGCCACCAGUGGCAGCGAAUUACUUCGGGAAUGCGAUCCAGAGCAUCCCGACCAAGGCGUUGGUGGGGGAUAUCGUGGGGAGGGACCUUUCCUGGACCACCGGGCUGUUGCACGGUAGUGUGGUGGCGCACGGAAACGAGACGGUGCGGCGGGGCGUGACGGAGUGGGAAGCAGCUCCGAGGUGCUUCCCGCUGGGUAACCCGGACGGUGCCGGGAUCACUAUGGGCAGCUCACACCGGUUCCCCGUGUACGAGGGGAACAACUUCGGCUGGGGGAACCCGGUCGCGGUGCGGAGCGGCCGGGCCAACAAGUUCGACGGGAAGAUGUCGGCGUUCCCAGGGAGGGAUGGGGAAGGGAGCGUGGACCUGGAGAUGUGCCUGGCGCCAGAGACGAUGGCGGCGCUCCUCCUGGACGAGGACUUCAUGAGCUACGUCUCAGUAGAAAACCUGACGAUAUGAUCACCCCGCAGCAGCUACUCGUUAGCAGUGUUCGACUUCUUCCAAGCAAGCAACUUCCAGAGACACAGUUAAGAGAAUUUUAGGUGCACAAGAAAGAACGCCCCUAUGAGAUUAACUUGAGGGGCAAAAAAGAGGAGAGAGCGAGAGUGUGUGUGUGUUUCUCCGAUUUCUUCUGCAGUAGAAGCUGGCCAGUUGUGUGUCGUCAUGAGUUAUGAAAUUAGUAGCAGUUUUAUUAUUAA